UUCGAUUCUACUCUCUCUCUCUCCAUAAGAAAUGGAAGAAACGCCAAAAAGUUGCAAGGAGAACAAAUAGCUGCUUUCGCAACAAUGACCAGCUAGCUAACGCAUUCUCUCUCUCUCUCUCUCUCUCUCUCUCUCUCUCUCUCUCUCUCUACUUUGGUUCCCUCGCUUCAGCGAAAGUGAUCAGUCAGACAUUCUUUGCUUUCUCUCUCUAGCUGGUAAUGGUGGUUGUGAGAGAGAAAAUGGAUUAAGAGAGAGAGAAAGCAACUAGUUAUCAGCAACACCAACAAGAAGGAGAGGGAGAGAGAAUCUAGAGAGAGAGAGAGAGAGAGAAAUGUUCAGGCUACACAAGAACAGGCCUGCUAAAUCAGGGGAGAGGGUGGAUUUCAAGUUCUCCCACUUUAAGGCCCUCCAGGUUCCCAGAGGGUGGGACAAGCUGUUUGUAUCAAUUGUGUCUGUAGAAACUGGGAAACCAAUUGUUAAAUCAAGCAAAGCAGUGGUGCGCAACGGAAACUGUCAGUGGACUGAGACCCUUUGUGAAUCUAUAUGGAUUUCCCAAGACGAGUCUUCGAAGGAGAUGGAAGAUUAUUUCAUCAAGCUUGUCGUUUCCAUGGGUUCGGCAAGAUCCGGCAUCCUUGGAGAGGUUUCAGUCAAUAUGUCAGAUUACAUAAGUUCAACCUCUUCUGCUCCAGUUUCUCUUCCAUUGAAAAAGUGCAGUUUUGGAACAAUUUUACAGGUAAAAAUUAACUGCCUGACACCAAGAAAAAAGCUCAGUGAUGAAGAGUCAAAAGAGACGAGCUAUCAUUCAGAAGAAGUAACUGAAAAUGGUCAUGAUGCGGACAGCAAGUCAGAUGGAUUUAAUAGCUCCGUUGUAUGGAGUGCUGGAUCUUCCUCCAGAAAAGAUUUUGGCUUGAUCUCAAAUCCCGGAGAGUCUGGGAGUCAAGAUAGUAGUUUCUCUGCAUCAGGUUCACAUCGCAGCUAUGACUUGGCAGAGGGCUCCAUAAGAAAGGAUAAUAUGUCCAUGAGAAGCAACCUUAGUGUUGAAGGCAACCACCAGAUAGGAAGACAAGAUUCAACCACCUCCUUAAUUAGUACAUCUCAUGGAAAUUUUCCUGCUGAUAUUCGUUCUCCGUCAGACCAUUCAUCAUUCAAUUCCAGGAUUAAUGGUUCAAGAAUUCAGUCUCAGAAUUCCCGGAAAGAUUUUACAGAAUCUUCUUUAAGCACCACUGAUUCUUCUAAAAACCUUCUGGAUGCGGCAGAAGUUACGAUUGAAGAGUUACAUGCGGAAGCUAAGAUGUGGGAGAGGAAUGCCAGGAAGCUAAUGCUUGAUUUGGAUAUACUGAGGGCAGAGUUCUCUGAUCAGUCCAAAAAGCAGGCAAAUAUGAAUGUGGAGCUUUCAGCAGCAUAUGCAGAACGCGAUGGCUUGAAGAAAGAAGUUGAACACUUGCAUUUGUUGCUUGAGAAUGCAAUGGUAAAACAAACAGCCAGUGAGGAUUUAACUUCUCAGGAUGGAGGAACACCCGAGAUUGAGAAGGCAUUCCAAGAUGAACUGAACUUUCAAAAAGAAUCCGCAGCCAAUUUGUCCCUGCAGUUGGAGAGAAGUCAAGAAUCAAAUAUUGAGCUGGUUUCAGUUCUCCAGGAGCUGGAAGAGACAAUUGAAAAACAAAAAGUGGAAUUGGAGAAUCUUUCAGAACUACAGUCGACAUUUGGUGAUAUGAAAAACUUGAUCAAUUUAACUACAGAGGAAAACAGAAAUUUAAAGCUUCAGCUGCAACAAUUGCAGGAAUCAGAGAACAAGUUGCAAGUCGUGGUGCAACAAGUGGAACAAACCGUGGAAGAGAAAAAUCAUGAGAUAGAGAAUGGAUCGAGUCUGAACGAACACUCCCUUUUGGAUAUUGAGACAGAAUACAAAAGUAAACUUCUUUUGAAGGAACAAGAAAUUGUCAAACUGAAAGCAAAGGUGUCCGAGUCUCUCAAAGAAAGGCAUUCUGCAGAAAUGGAUUCCAUCACCAUGAGUGGAAGUGAAGCAGAUCUGAUCAGUGAAAUUGAGGACUUGAAAGAAAAGGUGAACGAGCUAGAAAGAGAUUGCAAUGAGCUGACGGAAGAAAACUUAGAGCUCUUAUUCAAGCUUAGGACAGUGAAACAAAAAUCGUCAGGGGGAUACGCACCUGUUGAACUUCCAGCCAGUGAGCUUUUAGUAGAUUCUUUUACCAGCUUUGAGUCCAAAGUGACUGAAAAUAAACCCCAAUUACAGAAUGCAGAGGAGAAGCUUAACAAGAAAGUGCUUGGGGAGAUUACAAAUAAUAAUGAUUCUUCAGUUCAAGUACUUGACAGCUUGAAAAUGGAACUAGAAAGUAAAGUAAAUGAGCUGGGUAAAGAAUUGAUAGAGAAGACGUUCAAGAUAGAAAAGCUUGAGGUGAACUUGCUAACCAAAGAAGAAGAAAUCAGUCUUCUAAGAGGGGUCCAAAAUGAAUUACAAGCUGAGGUUUCCAACCUCCAGAAGGAAAAAAUAGAGCUAGAGGAACACAUGGAAGUUGUAUUGAGGGAAAGCGAUAUCAGCUCUAAGUGUUUGAAUGAUUUGCGGAAUGAAUUAAUGGUGCUUAGCAGAAGUGUGAAUUCCCAUGUUUCCACACAUAAGGUACUUGAAAGGAAAUCUUCGGAGCUAGAAGCUGAUAAAUGUGAACUGGACCUUCAUCUAUCAGAGCUUGAACAAGAAAACAUACAGUUGUCAGCACGUAUUUCUGCACUUGAAGCUCAACAAAGAUGCUUGACAGAUGAAAAAGAGGCCAAUCAGUUAGAAUUAGAGAAUUCCCAAUCUUAUUCUCUGAGUCUCCAAGAUGAGAUUAGUAGAUUAAACGUUGAGAUGGAAUCUGAUAAAGUUGAACUGAAACAGAAAUUAAAGGACUUAGAGAGGCAGUGGUCAGAAGCUCGAGAAGAAUGUGAAUUUCUGAAAAGGGCAAACCUGAAGCUACAAGCUACUGCUGAGAACCUCAUUGAGGAGUGCAAUUCUAUUCAGAAUUCAAAUGACGAGUUGAGGAAGGAAAAGCUGGAGUUGCAUCAGCUCUGUUCCCUCUUGGAAGCAAAGUUGAAUCAAUCGCAGGAGAGCUUUACAAAUUGCUCCAAAAGAGUUGAAGUGCUGGAAAAAGAUCUUUCUUUAAUGCUGGAAAAUGUCACCUCAAAAGAGGAGAGCCUGAAUUCAGAAUUAGAUGCACUUCUUGAUGAAAACAUGAAAUAUAAGGAGAAACUUACAUUGGAAGAAAGUUUGUUCAACAAGAUGUAUUUGGAGAAGACAAUUGAAGUUGAGAGCCUUCAGGAAGAGGUAGAACGACUUACCAAGCAAUUUGCUGCUACUCAUGAAGAAAGAGAAGGACUAGCUUCAGAUGCUGUCCAGGAAGCAUCCAGACUUCGAACUGAGAAGGAAAUGCUUCAAUCUGCUCUCCAAGAGUUUCAAUCUAAAGCGAUACAGAUGGAGGAUGAAUUGAAUAUUAUGAGAACAGAAUCUGAAGCGAAGUUACAAGGCCUAUUCGCUGAGCUUGUCGAUAAACAAAAUCAGGAGUCAACAACAGCUGACCAUGAAAAGCUAUUGAAGUUGUUGGAGAAUUACAAAUCAAGUGAAGCAAAACUGAAGACCAAUGUGAAUGAUCUUGAACUAAAGCUUACAGUUUCUGAUUAUGAACAUCAACAGGUGGUGGAAGAAUCCACCAAUAUGAAGGUUCAAAUUGAGAAACUAACUUGUUGUCAGGAGGAAGUUUUGGCUUUCAAGAAUGAGCUGGAUGCAACCAAGUUCGAGAAAGAAAAAUUGGAAGCGUUAUUGGAUUCAAUAUCUGAGGAAUGUGAAGAUCUGAAGGCAGAGAAGAGUUCAUUCCAUGAGAAGAUCUCAACAUUGGAGAAGGCCUUAUUUGACUUGGAGGAUUGCCAACGUAAUAAAGUUCUCUUGGAGGAAAAAUUUCUGCAGAUGGAAGGUGAUCUAACUGCAGAAAAGGCUUUGUGUGCACAGUAUGCCGAGAUGAAGAAUGAGCUCAACCAGAUCAGGAGAGCCAACGAGCAGUAUCAGCUGGAAAUACAGCUACUUGAGGACGAGAGAAGUGAGUUCCUAAGAAAGUCUCAAGCCCUUGAACAAGAAUUGAAAGUGACAAAGGAAGAAAAACAGAAACACAGGGCUUGUAGCAGUCCGAUUUCCAGCUCAUCAAAAGGCGGCACCAGAGUUAUUCCUGUUGGUGAAGAUAUGAAGGUCCCAAAAAAUGAAAUGGUGAGGAACAGCAUUCACUGUCGUGAUUUUAGAAGGAAGCCAAUUUCGAAGAAUGGUCAGGUGCAAGGAAAUGCAACAGAUCAGAAUUAUCCGUAUAGAAACCAGCAUCAAAGAGAGGAUGAUAACGGAGUCGAAUUUCAUGAUGAAAGUCCAAAUGAAGUUGAAGAACUUGGUUUAAAGAUUAAGUUGCUUGAAGAUGAACUUGUUAAGGCAUUGGAAGCAAAUAACACUUACAAAGUUCAACUUGAUAGGUACUUGUCUGAGGCUCGACACAAUCAUGCAGAUGCUCGUCGAAAUUCAAAAGCUGAAGAAAGACACGAACGCUCAAGGUCAUCUCUAGAGACGGAACUGAAAGACAUUCGCGAGCGCUACUUGCACAUGAGCCUGAGAUACGCGGAGGUAGAAGCUCAGCGCGAAGAACUUGUCAUGAAGCUCAAAGUAGCCAAGGGUGGCAAAAGGUGGUUUUGAUGAAUGACUAUGACAACUCCAUUGAUGCCGUUUUCUUGAGUCUUCCACUCUCAGGUAGCUUUUUCGCGUAACUCUGUAUAUCACAAUUUUUCUUCUUCAUGAAUAUGCAAGUGAAGUGAGUGAGUAGAGGAGAAUAUACGUCGUAGCCAAAGGUGGAAAGUUUCACAAAUUGUUAAUUAGAAGUACAAAUUUUAAAUAAUAUGAUAGGUAGUAAUCAACAUCUUGAUAGUAUUAUAUACCAGAUUAUUUGACUGCA